AAUUAAAAUAUAGAGAGAUAAAAACGAGAAAGAAACGGGUACUUUUAGUAUAGGGCCACGGACACUUUGAGCCCUCAUUCAAUGCUUUUACCCAACUCACCACCCUUUUUCCUUCUUCUUCUUCCAUUUUCACUCUUUCUUCCUCUAAACCCUUCUUCAUUUCUGCUCUUAUCUUCUUCUCUUUCUCUCUCUUUUUCCCACUCAGGUUUAUAUGUUUUUUCUUUAAUAAAGUUUCAAUCUUUCUUUCAAAUUUGUUCAAAAGACUCAGUCUUUAAAUAUAUGUGUUUUAGUUGUUGUGUUUUGAAUUUUUCUUUGGUUGGGUUUUAGGUUUGAAACGAAAAUGGAAUGCGUUGAAGGGACUUUCAAGACAAGUUUUGAAGAGAAUGGUGAUGAUUUUUUUGUUGAUGACCUUCUUAACUUUUCUAAUGAAGAUUGUUUUGUUGAAGAAGAUGAACCAGAACAAGAACCAGAAGAAGAAGAAGAUAACAAAGGCUUUGACUCUGUUUCUCCUUCUCUGUUAAACCCAAACCAAACAGAAGAACAGGAUAACUCUAUCCCGGUUACAAGUACCAGUUUUUCAACCAAACACCAGUUUGGCCCUGUACCAAACAACAACACCACAACUGAACUCUCUGUUCCGGUGGAUGAGUUAGCCAACCUCGAAUGGUUAUCCCAUUUCGUAGAGGAUUCCUUCUCAGAAUUCUCUACACCAUACCUUGCCGGUACCGGAGGAGUUUCGUCUGAGAAUCCCAAAAACCAGACUGAAAAAAUAGCACCGGAACCCCAAAUGGUUACUAUACCGGAAAAGCCCUGUUUCAGUACUCCGGUUCCGGCCAAAGCUAGAAGCAAGAGAACCCGAACCGGUGGAAGGGUUUGGUCAAUGGGUUCUCCUUCUUUCACUGAAUCCUCCUCAAGUUCAACCUCAUCAUCUUCUUCUUCUUCUCCGUCAAGUCCCUGGCUUUUGUACCAGACAGUACUGAGUCAUGACCCGGCCGGUUCAGUCGAAAAGCCUCAGGCCAAAAAACCCAAGAAAAAGUUAACUCAGGUUGGCCACGCAACCAACCCGACUAACCCGGCCGGUCAGCCAUCUCGGCGGUGCAGUCAUUGCGGGGUUCAGAAAACCCCACAGUGGAGAACCGGUCCACUUGGGGCAAAGACACUCUGUAACGCUUGUGGGGUUCGGUUCAAGUCGGGUCGGUUACUACCCGAAUACCGACCCGCUUGUAGUCCGACUUUUUCAAGCGAGUUACACUCAAACCACCACCGGAAAGUUCUGGAGAUGCGGCGGAAGAAGGAGGACGUCCCUGUUGCCGAGUCUGGUUUUGUUGUACCAAGUUUUUGAUUAGAAAAAGAAUAACAUUCUAGUAUUUAGGAAAAAUUAAAGAGAGAGUGAUACGGCAUUGAAUUCGGGUCGAAUAGGUUCGAAUUAGUGUACAUUAUUUUUCCACGGUGGGUGAGAAUAGAGAUUAGGUUCUUCUUAGGUUUGUAGUAACUGAUUAAUUAUUAGGAAAAGACUCUUGUAUUUUUAUUUUUUAUUUUAUUAAUUUCCUUUUUUUCAGUUA